UGUCAUUAUCAAAGCUGAUGAUAUGAAAAAUCAAAAUAAAAAUGGAAUGAAAACAUCAUCAUCAUCAUCAUCGUUGCCGGAUCAAUCACCAACAGCAACAACAACAACAUUGAUUAAGAUGCCUGUUGAUCCAACAACACAAUCAACAAAAACAUCAGCAGCAGCAAAAACAACAACUAUUAUUGUUCCGAAACAUUCACAAACACAAUCAAAUCGUCGUAAAUCAAAAUUUUCUGCCAUGAUGGGUAUUCCACAAUUUGGUUUGAAUAGUAAUCAACAACAAAUGAAGAAAAAACGUUCCGAAGAUUAUGGUGGACCAUCAUCAGUUUCAUGUAGUGAUAUACUUGAUCUUGAAUUGCUCAAUCGUCGUUAUACGAUACGUAGAAAGAUACAGAUAUUAGGCCUAAUGACAUUUGCAACGAAUGUAUUUGCAUUAUUUUAUUAUUCAAUAAUAAUGUCUAUUGAUUCAUCAUUAUUUUCACCAUUAUAUAAUAAUAAUGAUAAUAAUCAACAGACAAUUAUGAUGGAUACAUUAAAUGUUUCAUCAAUUUUUUCAACUAUUUCUACUUCUUCUUCUUCUUCCACUACUAUUACUACUGAUUCCGGUGAUAAUGAUACAUCAUCAUUAACAAUUGAUGUUAUAAUAUUGAUAAUAACAACAAUAAUGACAAUCAUAUCAUCAUCAUUAUUAUGUCCAUUAGUGAUCUGUACAUUGACUAGUCAUUUUUGUGAUGUUAAAUAUUCGCGAACAAAUUUUUUUCUACCAAAUUCAUCAACUUUAACAGCUACAAUGACAGCCACUAAUACAAAAACAAAAACAAUAAUCAAUGGUAAUAAUAAUAAAAAUAAUAAUGAUAAAUCUACAUCAUCAUCGUCUGCCAAAAAUGAUAAUAAUGUAUCACCAACAACAUAUCGACAAUAUAUUUUGGCUACAAUAUUUAUUCUAUUCUGGUUAUGGUGUACAUUUCUUGUACAUCGUAUUUUAUCUGAUAUAUUUUAUCAUGAAGAUUAUUGGAGCCGUUCACAUCAUUUUCAUAUUGAAUCAAUGGAUAUUGACCUAUUGAUUACAGUGUUUUCCAUUAUUUACAUACAAUCAGUAUUACCAUUUAAUCCUUAUAUCAAUAUGGCCAUACAAUUUAUUUGUUUUAUUUUCUAUAUUUGUAUGGAAAUUAUACAAAUAAUUACCGUAUUUAAUGAUGAUCGAUUACGAAUGAUUAUUAUUCAACAACAACAACGUAUGACAAUAAACAAUAAUGAAACAUUGUUAUCAUCAUCAUGGCAACAACAACAACAACAAUCAAUGAAUGAUUCACAUGGAUUUAAUGAAUAUAUUGUUAAGAAAAUUUUAACUGAUUUAUUAAUAAUAUUAGCAUUUAUUGCCUAUACAACUGAUUCACGAAGACGAAUGGAACAGGAAAAUGUUGAUACAUUUGCUGGUGCACAGAAAAUUAUUGAUGAUAGAAUUUUAUUGGAAUUUGAACGUGAACAACAAGAACAAUUAUUAUUAUCAGUUAUACCGGCAUAUAUUGCAGCUGAAGUUAAACGUCGUAUAAUGGAUAAAAUGGAUGUUGAUCGUAAAGGUGCACGUGCUGAAAUGGAAAAACAACAACAAAAUAAUAAUACAAACAAUAAUACAAAUAAUAAUAAUAAUAUUAAUUCAAAUCAAAAAUCAUCAAAAUCAAUUAUACCAACUAAUAGUGUUGCAAGUAUUAAAACAAAUUUUAAUCAAAUGAAUAAUGUUGUUUCGGGAAAAAAUCGUCAUGAUUCAUCAACAACAAAUAUUCAAUCAAAUCAAUCAUCAAUAUCAUUGGCUAAUCAACAACAUAGAUUAACCGGUCCAGGUGAUCUAUUACCGAAAACACCACAAAAACAACGUUUUCAUGAACUUUAUGUACAACGUCAUAAUAAUGUUAGCCUAUUAUAUGCUGAUAUUGUUAAUUUUACUCCAUUAUCCGAACAAUUAUCUGCUUCAGAAUUGGUACGAACAUUGAACGAUUUAUUUGGUCGUUUUGAUGAAUUAGCACAGGAGAAUCAAUGUAUGCGUAUCAAAAUUCUGGGCGAUUGUUAUUAUUGUGUAUCCGGUUUGCCUGUAUCACGUCCAAAUCAUGCUAUCAAUUGUGUACAAAUGGGCCUAAGAAUGAUCAAAGCAAUCAAAAUGGUUCGUGAUGCUACCGGUGUUAAUGUUGAUAUGCGUAUAGGUGUUCAUAGUGGUAAUGUAUUAUGUGGUGUUAUUGGACUACGUAAAUGGCAAUAUGAUGUAUGGUCGGAUGAUGUAACACUUGCCAAUCAUAUGGAAUCUGGUGGUGUACCCGGACGUGUACAUAUUACGGAAGAUACAUUAGAUCGAUUGGAUAAUCGUUUUGAAGUUGAACCUGGUAAUGGACAUUUAAGAGAUUCAUAUCUAGCACAACAUGCAAUCAAAACCUAUCUUAUUAUUGAUCCAACGAAAUCUAAACAAGAUAUAUUAGACGCUGAUGAUGGUUCAUAUUCAUCAACACCAUCAUCUAGACGACGAUCAUCAUUACAAGUAGUUGGAUCAAUCAUUCAUAAUUUGAAUGGUAAAAAUGAUAAUAAUCCAUCAUUGCCAACCAAUUCAUCAUUGACAAAUGUAUCAAAAGCACAACGUAAAAUGGGUUCAGGUGUUGGUAGUAAACGAAAUUUUUGUAAAUGGACUGAAUGUGGUUCAUCCGGAUGGGCGGUUGAUAAACCAUUUUCAAAUAUAUCUGAAUCUGUUAUAGCUAAAAAUGUUACACAAACGAGUAUUGCAUUAAUUGAAGCCGUUCUAACACCUACACCACAAUCAUUGAUGGAUACAUUGCGUUCAUGGUUUUCCUGUUGUUUACCUGCAUCCGAACUACAACAUUAUCAUCCACGUAAAGCGGAAAUCAAUUCCAUUAGUCUUCAUUUCAAAGAUAGUUCACUAGAAAAUCCAUAUGAAAGACAUGCAUUUUUGGGAAAUUUUCCAACAAAUUCAUUAAAUAUAACCAUAUUGAUGUCUGUAUUGGCCAUUAUUCAAUGUAUUUUACUUCCAAUAAAUAUCUUCACACUUGCAUUGAUUAUAUCGAUGAUGAUUAUUGCAUUAACAUUUACUAUAUCAAUACUAAUACAAUCGAUUCGUAAUCGUCGUGUACCAUUAACAUUAUUACCAACACGAUUAUCAACAACAUUUGAUCAAUAUAAUAAUAAUGGUUUGAAUAAAACAAAUAGCUGUGAAGAUUUAGAAAAUGGUUCGAAUAUUGUUAAUACAUCAAUUACAACACAUAUUACUAAUCAACAAAAACAUAUGAAAAUAUUUGAAUGGUAUCAACGAUUAGGUAUAAUAAUUGGUGAAAAAUUUGAUUUAAUACAAGUAUCAAUUAGAAAUUAUACAGAACAUUUUCUUAGCUGUCAUCAACAAAGUAUAAUGUUAUUUUCAUUAAGUAUUUGUUCAGCAUUAACCGUUAUAAUGAUUACUAUUGAACAUUGUCUUACAUUUAUACCAUCUAUUGUUAAUUGUGAUGAUGUACCGAUACCAAUCAUUCAAACUGAUCCAACAAUGACAACAACAUUAAGUGAACAUCAAAAAUGUCAACUUGAAUUACGACAUUAUUUUCGUGUUUCAUCUGUUAUUGUAUUGAUUCUUAUAUCAACAUCAUUAUCACAUCUUAAACAUACAUAUCGUAUACUUGUACAGAUAUUUUAUUUCGGUAUAUUGGCCAUUUUGAAUAUUUUAGCUGUUGGAAAUUCUGGAACAAAUGCUCCAUCUAUGAUUCAAUCAACAAAUAUUACUAUGGAUAAUAAUAUUAUCGAUGUUAAUGAUGAAAGUACACCGACCGGUGUUUAUGGUGCUACCAUAUUAUUUGCCCUAUUUUUUUCAUUAAUGCUUUAUGUUCGUGAUCGUCAUAUUGAAUUUUCAUCUCGUUUACAUCAAUUAUGGAAAGCUAAAUUACAAGUAGAACAAGAAGAUGUUGAAACUAUUGGCGGUAUAAAUAAAAUUUUAUUGGAAAAUAUUCUACCACAACAUGUUGCACAACAUUUUCUAUUGAAUAAUUAUGGUCCAAAUAGAACAUUAUAUCAUGAACGUUAUAAUUCGGUUGCUGUAAUGUUUGCAUCCAUACCGAAUUAUCAUGAAUUUUAUGAUGAAAAUGAUGUCAACAAACAAGGAUUAGAAUGUUUACGUUUAUUGAAUGAAAUAAUCUGUGAUUUUGAUAAAUUAUUAUUGAAACCAAAAUUUAGCUGUAUUGAAAAGAUAAAAACUAUUGGCAGUACUUAUAUGGCAGCUGCCGGUUUACAACCUGGUCGUGAAAGUUUUGAAGCCGGUGCUAAAGAAGGUAGUUUUAAAUUACAUCGUGAAGAACAUAAUGUUAUUUCGUUGGUUGAAUUUUCCAUUGCAUUGAAUAAUGUUUUGCAACAGAUUAAUCGUGAAUCAUUUCAACGAUUUCGACUUCGUGUUGGAAUCAAUCAUGGACCAGUAAUUGCCGGUGUUGUUGGUGCACAUAAACCACAAUAUGAUAUAUGGGGUAAUACGGUUAAUGUUGCAUCACGUAUGGAUUCACAUGGUAUGAUGGGUAAAAUACAGAUACCAGUAGCAACAGCAAAAUUAUUAAUGGAACAUGGUUAUGAUUGUGAAUGUCGUGGACGUAUACACGUUAAAGGAAAAGGUGAAUUAGAAACAUAUUUUAUUAAAUCACCGGCAUUAAAAGAUGAAUUAUGAUUAACAAUCCUGAAAAAAUAUAUUGAAACAUUCGAAAAUUGAUUUUGAAUAUUAUCCAAGUAAACAAUAAAGAAUUCUAAUAGCCAAAGGAAAAAUAAUGUUCAUCACAAUUAACAACAUAC